AUGGCAACCGGAUUCCUGAGUGUCAAAGGUGACACAAUCGUUAACGAGGAUGGGGAGGGAGUAGUCCUACGAGGAGCUGCUCUGGGAGGAUGGAUGAACAUGGAAAACUUCAUCACAGGCUUCUCCGGUCACGAAGCCCAACACCGCGCCGCAAUGCUCCAAGCCCUAGGACCGGAGAAAUACGAGUUCUUCUUCGACAAAUGGCUCGAAUACUUUUUCACCGAGGCAGACGCCCAGUUCUUCGCCGAGCUAGGACUAAACUGUCUCCGCCUUCCAUUCAAUUACCGCCAUUUCGAGGAUGAUAUGAAUCCGCGCGUAUUAAAGGAAUCUGGAUUCAAGCACCUGGAUCGGGUAGUCAAUCUGUGCGCAGAAAAGGGCAUCUAUACCAUCCUAGACAUGCACGCCGUCCCAGGCGGCCAGAAUCCAGACUGGCACUCUGACAAUCCAACAGGCUAUGCCGCAUUCUGGGACUAUAAAGAUCAUCAGGAUAGGACUGUUUGGCUUUGGGAGCAGAUUGCUUUGCGGUACAGGAAUAACCCUUAUGUUGCUGGGUAUAACCCGCUGAAUGAGCCUUGUGACCCUGAGCAUGUCCGCUUGCCUGCUUUUUAUGAACGAGUUGAGCAGGCUAUUCGCGCGGUUGAUGGAAAUCAUAUUCUUUGGUUGGACGGGAAUACAUUUGCAAUGGAGUGGAAGGGGUUUGAUGAGGUUUUGCCGAAUUGUGUUUAUGCCAUGCAUGAUUACUCGUCCAUGGGAUUCCCUACCGGUGAUCGUUACAAAGGAACAGCCGAUCAAAAGGCCUAUCUCGAACGGUCAUACUUGCGCAAAGCACAAUUCAUGACCGAGAACAAGACACCAGUCUGGAAUGGAGAAUUCGGACCCGUCUACGCAGAUCAUACCAUCGACGUCGAUGCUGAAACAGUCAACCAAGAGCGAUAUAAUCUACUUGGUGACCAGCUACGCAUCUACGACAAGUAUAACAUCAGCUGGUCAAUCUGGCUGUACAAAGACAUUGGGCUGCAAGGCAUGAUCUACACCAACCCAGAAAGCAAAUGGAACAAGACCCUCAAGCCAUUCCUUGAUAAGAAGAAGGACUUCUGGCUUGAUAAAUGGGGCCGACGACCUGCGUCUGCUCCUGAAGCUGCUUUGAGACCUUUGGUUGAUUGGAUUGAUAGUGUUAGUCCUACUGCUAAGGAUACUUAUCCUACGUCGUGGAAUACUGAAUUGCAUGUGAUGCGCAAUGUGUUCUAUACAUUUUUGGCGGCUUCUUUUGUGGAUGACUUUGCUGCGCUGUUUCGGGGAAUGAGUGAGAAGGAUCUAGAAGAGUUGGCUAGGAGCUUCCACUUUGAGGGUUGUGUUCAGCGUGAGGGGUUGAAUCGUAUUCUCAGGGAUCAUGCACAUGCGUCUAAAUAG